AAAAUGUUUGAACUCGAUCUCGCAUAUUUUAUUAUACCUACUGGCACAUUUUUUGGAUAUUGGAUUAGUAUGCCACAUUCAAUCUCUAUUUCUACGAAUAAAUCAGUCAGUGCAUUACGUACUAAAAUUUGUAAUACCUUGUUAUAUAAGUACAAAAAUGCUUCUUUUAAUCUUCAUGCGGUUGAUGUUGAACAUAGAGAAUAUGUGUAUAUGGAACCUGAAAAAAAAGUUAGCGAUUAUUUCAAUAGCAGACCUCCUGCUGAAAUCACGAUUCAUAUUCUCGUAGAAGAAGUAUAG